UCACCCGUUCAAACCAAUCUGCAACUCAACUAGUGCAGUUCAAUCCUGCAGUAUAAAACCAAGAAAACUGGAUAAGAAUAUAUGUCAGCUGGAAAGAAGCAAUUAACGUUGUACGUUUGUGAUGAUACUUCUGAUGGGAAAUCAGUCCAAGGAUGGUUGAAAACGAUGGAUUAACAACUGGGAGCCGAUGGUUUUGGUGGUGGCUGUGGGAGCAAAUUUCUAUGACGUUGCGCUUGAAAUACCAUCUUAUUCAACUCUGGUUUGAUUUGUUUAAUCUUUUCUUUUUUCCUUGCCUCGAUGUCUUCGCUUGAAUAUCAUUUUUUUAUAAGCCCACCAAACCCCUUCUCCUUUCCCUCUCUAUUUCCAUGGCGUCCUACUUUUCUCUACGAUCCUCCAACUUCUGCAACCCAAAAGCUGUUCUAUCAGAGGAUAGGUUAAGUUUCAAGACUAUUUCACCAUCCAAAAUAAAUGUGAGUGAGCAGGAGAGGCGUCGGUUGGCGAAGAAUGCCCUCACAAAGCAAUUUCUACUCAUACAUGCAUCGGCAUCCCAAAUAUCAUUGUCAAAAUGGAUUCCUCCUGGAGCACUUUCAUCCACGGCAACUAAUGCGGAUUCUGGUGAAAGCAUUUCAGACAAUGAGUAUUCUCUGGGCAAGUCUCAACAUAAACAAAUGGAGUUUAAUCGGGUGAAUCAUCUUGUACGGGUGUUGCAUGAAACUGCCAGAAGCUUUUCGGUUGGAAUAGAGACACUUGACUUGGCUAGAACUGGGCCAGCAGUUGCGAUGGCGUGGAAUGGAGUUGACGUCCAUGCCUGGCAUAAACACAUUGCAUAUCAGGUUGCAGCAUAUGCUUUACUAAAAGCAGCAAUAGAAGUGGAACUGUUUCUUUCUCACAAUCGCUGCAACAACCCGUCUCCUGUUCAAAAGAUCCUCUCUCCAAAUACAGAUUUUCUACGUGACCACAUUGAAAGUCAGCUAACCGCAAGGAACCCAAAAUUGGUACAGUGGUUUCAAAUAGUGGAGCUUCCACGGGUAGCUGAAGUCUUUAUGCCUUUGUUCAAGAAAUGGUCCGUGGAAUAUGCUGGAAGUGGUGUUGCAGGAACAAUUAUGGCCAUCACUUGUUGUGCUGCCAUUGGGAAACUAGGUUCAGGGCGAAUUUCUUGUUCCUUCUUCUCAAAUUCAAUUGAAGAUGCAAUGAUAGAGCUCAUGAAUAUGGCACAAAACCAAGUUACUGUUGACAAAUUGCACCACUUAGCGACUGAGGCUGGAUUUGAGGAGGAUUUCCUGUCCCAUUUUGGAAGUAAGGUCCUUCCGAGUAAGACUAUUGAAGACAUAGAAUUUUGGAUUGGACUGGUUCAGGAAAAACUUUCUGCUGCAUUCAGAAGAGAGAGUGUCAUUAAAGCCAGAGAUGAUCUUUCCGACAAGGUUCAAGAAAAUAGUUUGGCUACUCUCGCUCUAUUUGCUUAUUUAGGAAGAGAAUCAAGAUUGUUCUUGUCAAGACACAAUAUAAAGGAGAUCGAUGAGCAAAUACAAGAUUUUCUCAGUUACUUAGAGUGUGGCAUCCUCUUCAUAUAUCCGGAAUUUUCAACCCUGUCGGUGUAUCAGCUCUUAAUGGAGGUAAUUAUCGAUGAAAUUGGAUGGCUCGACUUUUUCGCUGCGUAUAACUGCCAGUUAUGUCAAGAAAGGAGGAGAUCUAAAUACCAUCCCAUCCAGGCAGAAAAGGAGAUUAUCUUUUACACUGUUUUUACCGUAUGCUAUGAUGUAAUUUCAGGAUUUGCUCAUUAUAGCAAUUCAACACAGCAAACCUUAGAUCCGGAUUUGUUAGAAUUCUUGCUUCAGAGGGCCUGCUAUCAACGUGUCUGGAAGACCACUGGGCCACUUAUGAUAGAACAAGGUAAGUUAGGUCUGCUGGAUGCCAUGUCAGAUAAAUUGGCAAAAUUCAGACGAAUAAGAACAUGUCUAUGGUUUGACGCACAGCAGCGACCGGAUGAACUGAGAAGUAGAGAGAAACAUCGACAGGCUUCUCUGGAGACACAGGCCACCAGCUCAUCUGGUACUCAAGCUGAAACCAUGGUUGAUUUGGAUCAUACUGCUGCAUCAAAGUCUGUCCAACAAAAUUUUCUCAAAAAGUCAGCUAUGAAGCUUGUUGCUGCCAGUGUUGAUGUGGGGAUUGGUACUCAGUUGCUCUUUGUAGACAUCUCGGACACAUUGAGGUUUAUGGUGAAGAAAUUAUGCGGCGAUAAAGUCACAAAACGGGAAACCAGGAAGAUGCGAAGGACGCUCUCUGACAUUGCCACACUUAUCCCUAUAACAAUACUAAUGCUACUUCCUGUUUCUGCUGUAGGCCAUGCAGCCAUGUUUGCUGCAAUCAAGAGAUACAUGCCAUAUUUGAUUCCCUCUCCCUACUCGGAGGAACGGCUCAACUUAGCCAAGCAACUCAAGAGAACAAAGAAGAUGGAAGUACAGCGUAUCCAUGUUGCAGAUGCUACCUCCAAACUCGUUUAAUCAAACACCCUACUGAAUAUCUCAUGUGAAUUCGGCAAAAUGCUGUUACUUUUCCCGGUCCACCUGAAUUUUUUCCCCAUUUUCUGUGUAUAGACAAUGAACAUAUAUAUAAGUAGGUAUGUUAUACAUCAUUCCUGUAAGAGUUACGGGUCGUUUAUUUUAUUUUAUUCUAAUUCUUGCCUUGGAUGGACUAUUUGAUGGAUAGCAUUAAUUCAUAAGGGAUAGCUAAUUUAAUAAACUUUUAUGCUUGGAUGUA